AUGCCAGAAUAUGAUCCAGAGAAGUCUUCGAACUCCCAUGGUAAAAUUUCUGAAGGAGCACCUACUUAUUUAGUUUGCAAAGGAGCUACUGCUGGUGGUUAUGUUAAAGGCCAAGGGAUACGGGCCAGCCAUCUCAGUGGAGAUUGCUAUUACAAAAGGGAAUUACUUCGUGGCUUUAUGAAGCUGAGAGGACAUGAGCAAGAUUUUGUGCGGCGAAGAGUGAUGAAAUCAGUGACAGCAAAUCCAUAUUGUUCGGAAGCAUCAGCAAAGGAUGCAAUGGAAGCUGUUUGGGAUAUUUGUUAUAACGACACUAAGCCCUUUGACCGUGCUCCUUGA